AUGAUCGAUCUCGCCGCGCGCCAUCAGUUGCUGGAUACAUUUGACAAAGAGGGCUCGCAGCAUGCCCAUCAGCCUAUGGCGACCAUCAUUAGCAUAUUGCAACCACUAUCUGUCUUCAGCAGACGCACUACGACGACGUUCACUUCUACGAGAAGCAGGACUACAUCUUCGAAUGGUCUCGCAUCAGCCUCGUAUCCCGCUGCCUCUUCAGAUUGCUGUCACUCCGGCCACUCGAUGCAGAAUCCGAGCGUCGCGCCCCCUUUCUUCAAGAUGGCUAAGCCUCGUGGACUUAACACAGCCCGUAAGCAGGUCUCGACCCGCCGAGACAACCGCUGGGCCGACGCUGCCUACAAGAAGCGCGCCCUCGGCAACUUCUACAAGACCUCCCCCACCGGUGGCUCGUCCCAGGCCAAGGGCAUCGUCCUCGAGAAGAUCGGCGUCGAGGCCAAGCAGCCCAACUCGGCUAUCCGAAAGUGUGUCCGUGUCCAGCUCAUCAAGAACGGCAAGAAGGUCGCCGCCUUCGUCCCCAACGACGGCUGUCUCAACUUCGUCGACGAGAACGACGAGGUCCUCAUCUCCGGCUUCGGUCGUGCCGGUAAGGCCAAGGGUGAUAUCCCCGGUGUUCGUUUCAAGGUCGUCAAGGUCUCAGGCGUUGGCCUUCUGGCACUUUUCAAGUCUAAGAAGGAGAAGCCCCGCUCUUAG